AUGGGUGUCCCGGAAGCUCCGCGAAAGGCGCCAGCCUCUACGUUCAGGACUAUCCUCACAAUCUUCUCUCUCGUCUCUGUCUUCAUCUUUGGUGCCUAUGCGCUGGGUGCGCCCUCCGACAGCCAUGAUCGACGCGCCUACAGCUUCGCCGCGGCACACUUUGGCCAUCGGACGGGUUUCUCUCCCUCGCCCGCGUCACCGUCCGCAUCCGCGUCGGCAUCGACGUCGGGGCGCCGUGACGGGUACCUGAUUGGCGUGGGAAAGGCCGAUAUCACCGGCCCCGUGGUCGAGAUCAACUUUGCCGGUUACGCCAAUCUCGACCAAAAGGGCACUGGUUUGCGCCAGCGUCUCUUCAGCCGCGCCUUUAUCAUCGGCGACAAGAGUAACCCCAAGGACCGCUUCGUCUACAUAGUCAUCGACACCCAGUCUGGCGACACCGCCGUCCGAUAUGGCGUUCUCGACGGUGUUUCUGCGCUCGGCAGCGAAUAUUCUGUUUAUGGCCAGCAAAACAUUGCCCUGACAGGCACGCACAGCCACUCAGGUCCCGGUGCCUGGUUCAACUAUCUGCUGCCCCAGAUCACGUCUCUCGGCUUCGACAAGCAGAGUUACCAGGCCAUUGUUGACGGUGUAGUCCUCUCCAUUAAGCGUGCUCACGAAAGCUUACAAGAGGGCUACAUUGAUGUAGGAAGUACCAAGGUCUCUGACGGCGCCAUCAACCGCUCUCGCUGGGCCUAUCUAAACAACCCUGAAGAAGAGCGUGCCAGAUAUGACGCCGAGACUGACACUGAUCUCACUCUCAUUCGCUUCCAGAGAGCCUCCGACAGCAAGAAUAUCGGCGUUCUGUCCUGGUUCCCCGUCCACGGUACCUCCAUGCUCGGGAAUAAUACCCAUGCUUCGGGUGACAACAAGGGCGUCGCAGCUUGGCUGCUGGAGGAGGACAUGAAGAACGACAAGAACACUGCAGAUGGCUUCGUCGCUGGCUUCAGUCAGGCCAAUGUUGGCGACACGACACCGAAUGUCUUGGGCGCGUGGUGCGAUGAUGGAUCCGGUCAGCAGUGCAGCCUGGAAAACAGCACCUGCGCCGAUGGCAAGUCUGAGUCCUGCCACGGCCGUGGUCCAUUUUUCGCGGCUCUGGAUCUCGGCGUCAAGAGCUGCUUCGAAAUGGGUCGCCGCCAGUAUGCCGGUGCCAAGUCGAUUCUUGACUCCCUUGAUUCUUCUGGCACUGCCAUCUCCGGGUCGACAGUCAAGUCCUUCCACUUCUACAACGACAUGCGCUACUUCAACUUUACCCUCCCCAACGGCAAGCAGGCCCAGACGUGCCCAGCCGCGCUCGGCUACUCCUUCGCGGCCGGCACCUCAGAUUGGCCGGGUGCGUUUGACUUUACGCAAGGCGACUCGGGUAAACCCAACGCCAACCCGAUCUGGAAGGUCGUCUCGGGCCUCUUGAGGGUUCCCAGCGCAGCACAGAAGAAGUGCCAGGAGCCCAAGCCGAUCCUCCUCGAUGUCGGCGAGAUGCAGGAGCCCUACCCGUGGACACCCAAUAUUGUCGACGUGCAGAUGCUCCGCGUCGGGCAGCUCGUCUUCAUUAUCAGCCCCAGCGAGGCCACGACCAUGAGCGGCCGCCGCUGGCGUGAGGCCGUCGCCAAGGAGGCCGCGUCCUUCGUCAAGGACCCCGUCGUCGUCCUCGGCGGGCCGGCCAACAGCUACUCGCACUACCUCGCGACGCCCGAGGAGUACGACAUCCAGCGCUACGAGGGCGCCUCGACGCUCUUUGGACGCAACGAGCUCCCCGCCUACAUCAACCUGACGGUGAGCAACAUGCACUACCUGCAUCCCGACGCCACCGAGCAGCCCGCCCAAGGCACCCUCGCGCCGGACAACCGCGGCAAGAUGCUCUCCUUCAUCACCGGCGUCGUCGUGGACGGCCACCCCCCGGGCAAGAACUACGGAUCCGUGCUCCGCCAACCCGCUGGGUCCGCCACCAUCGGCGGCGCGGUCAACGCCACGUUCCAGGGCGCCAACCCGCGCAACAACCUGCGCCAGGAGGACACGUUCGUCGCAGUCGAGAGGCAGACAGGCAACAGCACGUGGACCCGCUACAUGGACGACAACCACUGGGACCUCGUGUACACGUGGCGCCGCACGAACGGCCUCCUGGGCUGGAGCGAGGUGGACGUCGCGUGGGAGACGCAGCAGGGCCGCGCGGAGCCGGGCACGUACCGCUUCAAGUACUACGGCGACUCCAAGUCUGUCAUCGGCCGCAUCACACAGUUUGAGGGCACGAGCAACUCCUUUACCCUAUCUUGA